AUGACUAACCAAUUAAUCAACGAACUAACAUAUGGCAACAUCAAGAGGCUCGCACGCUAUCUCUCCCUCCCAGCCCACGAAAACAUCGCUAACCCCUCCGAAGAAUGGUUCCGCGAGCAAGAGGCAAGACUCUGCGAGCUGCCGGGCGUUUGUCUCCGACCUUCGAUCAACUCGCUGAACAUGAUUAACCUCCUGAGGCGCGGCCUAAUGAAGUUGAGCGAGAAGCAAUCUCUCCCCUUCGUCCCGGACUCGGCAUGGCUCUGCCGCACGCACAGGGCCCUUAACCCCUGGCGAAUCCGCAGUCUCUUCGCGUUGCUUGCUUCUGAGGUUAUGGACAAAUUCGAACGUAUGCGCCGACUGGUUCGAAACAACUCCGACCUGGCCCAAAGCCCGUUCUUCCGACAGCAUGUCCGCCGUAUGACCAGCAUCCAAGCCUUGUGGAUGGACCGCGACACAUUCGAGCAACUGUUUGGUCAUGCGCCUGUCGUAAUGGAAAAGGUUGUUUCGCAGUGCGAGGCAUGUAUAUGUGCUGUCGUCGGCGGCGACACACGUUUGCUGGUUGACCUUCGAGCGCAUCUGCUCUCGCGCGGCAGAGAAUUUGUUCCCGUUCUUCUCCGGGUCGUGGAGGCGUGGAUCAAUGCUUUUGAAGACAAGGCUGAAAGUCUGCUGGGCGAGAGCGCUCUGUUAGCCGAGGAGUUACGGAGGAUCCGCGUCGAGAUUGGGAUUCGGAGACAUCGCAGACGGGAAAGAUGUCGACAAGCGGGAAAGAGCUUGCCGUAUUCCAAAGCAAAACACAACGAUAACUCAAACGUAGGACUUGCUCCCAAAAACAACCGGGGUUCGGCCUCUAGACGUCCGUCAGCAGCUUCGGGCUCCGUUCACCCAAGCACCAGUCGUUUCGGCGAGCACACCUUAGAUACAUCGUACCUCUACCCCACGCAUUCGUCGCGCAUGCCUGCUACUAAUGAUAAUGCAUAUUCUAACCCAUUUGGAGAUGAGCAUGAGGACGAUGAUGAGGAGGCUUUUGCUGAUGACCAAGAUGCUAACGCAGGAAACCCAAUCUGGAUGGAGCAGUUGAGCGGCUUCUACGAACGUCAGGCGGCUCAGAGCAAUGAGCCUGCGUUUGAUAAUUCUUCAGUGCAUCCCGCCUUCCGGAACUCGGACUCACCUUCUAUUGCCAAUGACGGUGAGACAUCUCGGUCACAAAGAGAGACCAUACGUGACCAGCCUGCCACACCAUCAUCAGCAACCAGCAGAGACGCGCAGAACAGAGUCGCAGGGCCCAGCUCCAGUCUGUCCACCCGCGCACCGCCACCACUCACAACCGCAGGCACAUCGCGGAGGGAGCCCACCACCGACACACGCUCCCUCUGGGAGGAAGCCAGCGUCUACAGCGCAAGAAACGUUAAUGAAUUGACACAAGAAGAGCAACGGAGAUUGAACGCUGCAUUCAUAGCAGCUCUUUCCGACGACCCCCUGCCGCAGCUGCAAUCCUCCGCAAGCUCGGCGUACUCGGUCCCCGCCUCAAUGGUCCAGCGCGAGUCCCGAGCCCGGUCUCGCCUUCAGGAGUUGGCAACCCCCGACGCCACCGACAGCAAAAACCGGCCGACAGGCUCAGCUAAACGUUCCAGCUCCCGCGUAAGCGAAGCAGUAAGUUAUCCCCCUCCCAGCCCCGCGAGUAACGCAAUGACACAGGACUCGUCAGCAGCCUCUUGCUGGCCGUCUUCGUCGGCUCCACAUGCCCCGGCUCGGACAGCAGUGAGCGAUGCUGCUGCCACCGCGCGUGAAGCGUGGCAGGCCCGGUUUGCGAGUGAAUACAACUCGAGCAACGAGACGUCAGCAGCGCGGUCUCGGCGGUCUUCGACUUCGCACCGGUCUAACUCGGAGUGGUCUAGUAGACAAGAUGAUGUGGCGUCCUCGGCCUCGUCGAUAUACUCUACGGAUGCGGAACACCAGAACGACAUGUGGGCCCAGGUUGUGGAUGUUCUGAGAGGCGGCCGGGUUGUGUAUGAGGAUGAUGCUACGACGGUGAUGUCUGGGUCUACUGCGCGCCGGUAA